GAGAAGGGCAGGAAACGCAAUCUUGCGAUCUUAUCCCCGAUAGAAAAGAAACCUAUCAUUCUCGAACCCACCGAGGAAGGAGGAGAGAGAAUGGCGGCCGAGGAGGGCUUGGUGAUCGCGUGCCACACCAAGGCGGAGUUCGACGCCCAGAUGACCAAGGCCAAGGACGCCAACAAGCUGGUGAUCAUUGACUUCACUGCUUCCUGGUGCGGUCCUUGCCGCUUCAUUGCCCCAGUGUUCGUUGAAUACGCCAAGAAGUUCCCUGGUGCUGUCUUCCUGAAGGUUGACGUUGACGAGCUGAAGGAGGUUGCUGCUUUCUAUGCUAUUGAGGCGAUGCCGACCUUCCUCUUCAUCAAGAACGGCGAGAAGGUUGACACGGUCGUUGGUGCCAGGAAGGAGGAGCUCCAGGCCAACAUCACGAAGCACCUUGGCGCCGCAUCCGCCUAAGAAGACAACAAAUGGUUACCAAUAAGAGCCGCACCUUGGCGAGAAGGUUGACAUGGUCGCCAUUGUUGGUUCGGUUAGGUUGUUGCAGAACCUCGCGUGGAUUCAGCUCUGAGUUCUAAUAUCGUGUCUGAUAUUGUCCCUAAAUACUUGAUGUCGCUUUAGAUGCUUGUGAUUAUGAAAGUUUGAGUCUUGGGUGUCUUGACUCUUCUGUUUGAAUUUGACUAGAAAUAUUGCCGAUCUUUUGCUGAUGAA